AAGCGAUGAGUAUUUCCUAUAGACAAUGUCAACAUGUUAGAUGGAGAAAGAAGAUAUUAUUCGUUAUUUGGAGACUUUUGAAGAGGCUACAGUUGAUAAACUAUCAACAGUCGGGACUUUUGAAACUUUCUGUGAUGCAGUGACAAUCUGGAUAAAUAAACCUCACGUGGUAAACCGUCGAUUAUGCGGUUCAAAAGUUCUGUACCAAGACAGCACGUCAGAAGAGGACCUUAGUGGUUUUAUAAAGAAAUGUUUAUCAUCAUCGGAAAGACCUGAACAAGUGCACACUAGUGUUGAUUUAGAAGAAGUACCAUCUCUUUCAUCGAUCGUCGAUGUAUCAUUUUAUUUUGUUCUACGUGAAGUUUUCUACAAGCAAGUUAGUCAAGUGCCAACGAAAGAGGUCAUAUUGAUAGAUUUCAGAAAGCAGAUUGUAAAGUUCAUCACAAUUCCGGAUUUCUUGAGGAAAACAUCUAACAAUGAGAGUAGUGAUGGAGGAUACAUUAAGGUUGAUGAUGUCACAUACCAAUUACGUUUUAAGCAAGAGUGCAGUAAAUCAUGGAUAAUUUUGAAUGCAACAGAUCAGGUGUCUGAGCCAAAGCAAGGUUAUAUUGACUGGCUUAAAACAACAUUGUUGAGAAAAUUAGUCAAUUGGAGCUCAGAGAAAAAUCUACGCACCUCGGUCACCUCUCUCCGGUUAGUUCCUGUUGACAGGUACAACCAACUGUACAAUCACCUCAAGGAAAAGUAUGGCAAAAAAUUUGUGGCGAUAUGGCCAGAGAAAACAGAUCCUCAGAAAUUUGUGUAUGAAGAUGUUGCUAUUGCUGCUUAUUUGUUGAUCAUCUGGGAAAUGCAAAGGAAAGAGGAGAAACGUGAAGAACGUCAGAGUUUUGUUGAUUUGGGAUGUGGAAAUGGAUUACUUGUUCAUAUUCUUCGAUCAGAAGGGCACGCCGGUCUGGGAUUAGAUGUUAGGAAAAGAAACAUAUGGGACCUGUAUGGUGAUCAGACAAAAUUAAAGGAAGAGAGCAUAACUCCAUCAGCAGAAAGUACUUUUCCAGAUUUUGAUUGGCUGAUAGGAAACCAUAGUGAUGAACUGACACCUUGGAUCCCAGUCAUGGCAGCAAGGUCAUCCUAUAGCUGUAGCUAUUUUGUUCUUCCAUGUUGCCAUUUUGACUUUGACUGUAAAUUUAACCAGAAGGAGGCAAAUGAAAGUAACUAUAGGUCAUACUUAAACUUUGUCCAUGGGAUUGGGGAGGUGUGUGGUUUCAAUGUCCAAGAAGAUACUCUUAGAAUUCCCUCCACAAAACGAGUGUGUUUUAUUGGUCAAACAAGAAAUUACCCACCAGAAGAAAGGGACCUAGUUGAUGACAGGAUAGCUAAUUACAUAAAGUUAAGAAGCUCCAAGUCACUGCCCCCUAACAACGAGGGUAACCCAGCUAAAAGAAUGAAGACAGAGGACUCCUGGUCAGAGGGAUUCACGCCACGGAGCAGUGAGGAGAAGUCCCGUAACUGUAAAACCGUGAACGCUGAAACCGUUUCUUACAUUGUGCAGACAGUGUUCAGUGUUUUACUGAACAGCCCAGACUGUGAGACGAGGCAGCUGGAGGACGGUAGAGUUUGGAGAAAAGGAGGUAAAAAAUCUCUUGGUGAUGUUGUGAAACUGUUUGAUAAAGAUGUCCUGAAACAUUUAAAGUCUGAGUGUGGUGGUCUGCAGACGCUGUUAAGAAAUCACAACAGUGUGUUCAAUGUUUCUGGUGGAGCGGUCCAGUUGAGAGAUUUGACGUUAGAUGAACCCUAUAGUAAACAUUCCAAGUUAUCAAAAAAGGACAAAAGUCAGCACUUUAAGACAAUGCAGUGCUGGUUCUACAACAAUCACCCUGACGGAUGUCCGAUGACAGCAGAGAAGUGUCACUUCGCUCAUGGAGAGCAGGAUCUGAAAAAAGUGACGCUAACCAAAAGUUAAAUCUUACAGUAGAAGUAUAGAUAUGUGUAAUUUUAACCCCAGUCACCGGUUGUGAGUGCAACUCUUUUAGAGCUGCUGGAUUCUGUCCACUCAAACGUGAUUACAUAGCUGCAGUAUCCCUCAUUUCGCAUCAUUAAACUUUGAUCAGUGAUUGAAUGUAAAGGGAAGAUUUGAAGAGCAGGCAAAGUGUGGUUAGUGCGGCGGCGAGGUCCAGAUCUAAUAUUGGUUUUCAUUAAGUGCCAGACAGAAAUCAAUGUAUCUUUCAAUUUAAAAAUCUGUCUAAGUUAUCUUGUCAAUAGAAGCACUACACUAAAUCGGGAUUAUUGUAGAGUUGUUGUAAGGGCACAACAAACGGAAUUAGACACUCUUUGACUAGAGUUGUCCUGAGUUGCAGUUUUAGCUUUAACCUCUUUCAAUUCUGUUUUAAAAACAAUAUUUUCCCAACUUCUGUGGAUAGAAAAAUUAAAUUGAAAAAAAAUUGUAAUUGCGGAAAAUAUCUACUCCACACAUUGAAUGGUAGAUAUUUCCAUUUAAAUACACUGUUAAUUUGAAAGGAGUUGUUUCAAAUGUAAAGUUUUGAAUCGUUUCUUUGGAAUAUGAUAUUUUUCGGACUGAAUUAAAUUAUUAUACUUUCAAAA